AUGAGUUUGUUCAAUGGAUUAGCUGACGAAUUUAGAACAACGAUCGAUGACAUCCAAGAAAAGAUGUCCGUCAUGAGCACCCAAAUUGAGGUGACCAUGAAAGUCGUGGAGAACAUCUCGGUUGGGCAAACUAAUACAGGAUCCAACAAACUGAAGUUCCCAGAUCCUAGACCUUUCAAAGGGAACCGGGAUGCCAAAGAGUUGAAGAACUUCAUUUUUGAUGUCGAACACUACUUCAAAGCCACACUGGCUUGUACUGACGACAUAAAGGUGACAGUAGCCUCGAUGUAUCUCAUAGACGACGCCAAACUUUGGUGGCGUAUGAAGGUGCAAGACAUCGAGAAUGGAUUGUGCACCAUAGACUCGUGGGAAGACCUCAAGAGAGAGUUGAGGGACCAAUUCCUCCCCGAAAACGUAGAACAUCUAGCAAUGGAAAAACUAAUAGCUCUAAAGCAAACUAGAAGCAUAAAGGACUAUGUCAGACAAUUCUCAACCCUGAUGCUAGAUAUCAGGGGCACAUCAGAGAAAGACAAGGUGUUCUUUAUAAAUGGGUUACAACCGUGGGCCAAAACAAAAUUACACGAGAAAAAGGUCCAAGACCUAGCUACCACAAUUGCCAGCGCCGAGAGACUCCAAGACUAUGGGAGCGGAGCGAGUUACCAAAGAAAAACAAUACAGGCCCCAAACACUGGAGGAAAAACAUAUAAACCGCCAGGUUAUCGAAAUGGAAGCCCCAAUAGGCCAAACAGAAAUAAUGACAGACCAAGCGGGUGGACAAAUAGACCUCCUCAGAACAACCAAAUGGGGACAUCUCGAGGACCUUACCCUCAAAGGAACCACCAGACGACACCUUUAUAA